CGGCGCGGGAGUUGCGCAUGCGCGGCGCGGGUGGGACUCGCCAUGGCGGCGGAGGAGGCGGCGGUGAGGGCCCAGGCGGACACCGUGCGGAGGCUCAAACAGGACAAGGCCGAUCCUGACGAGAUUGCAAAGGAAGUGACAAAGCUGCUUGAGAUGAAGGCACAGCUGGGGGCAGAUGCGGGGAAACACAAGUUUGUGCUCAAGACCCCAAAGGGCACACGGGAUUUUGGCCCUAAGGAAAUGGCCAUCCGUGAGAAAGCCUUCAGAGCCAUUGUCUCGUGCUUCAAGCGCCAUGGAGCCGAAGUCAUCGACACGCCGGUGUUCGAGCUGAAGGAGACACUGACAGGGAAAUAUGGUGAAGACUCGAAGCUCAUCUAUGAUCUAAAAGAUCAGGGAGGAGAGCUGCUGUCCCUGCGCUAUGACCUGACAGUGCCCUUUGCUCGCUACCUGGCCAUGAACAAGAUCACCAACAUCAAGCGCUACCACAUUGCCAAGGUGUACAGGAGGGACAACCCGGCCAUGACCAGGGGCCGCUACCGCGAGUUCUACCAGUGUGAUUUUGACAUCGCUGGGCAGUUUGACCCGAUGAUUCCUGACGCUGAGUGCCUGAAGAUUGUGCACGAGAUCCUGAGUGACCUGCAGCUCGGGGACUUUGUCAUCAAGGUCAAUGACCGGCGCAUCCUUGAUGGGAUGUUUGCAGUUUGUGGGGUCCCGGACAGCAAAUUCCGAACCAUCUGCUCUAGCGUUGACAAACUGGAUAAGAUGCCAUGGGAAGAAGUGAGGAGUGAGAUGGUGGGAGAGAAGGGGCUCUCUCCCGAGGCUGCAGAUCGCAUCGGGGAGUAUGUCCAGCUCCAUGGUGGGCUGGACCUGAUUGAGCGGCUUCUCCAGGACCCAAAGCUAUCCCAGAACAAGCUGGCCAAGGAAGGGCUGGGGGACAUGAAGCUGCUGUUUGAGUACCUGACCCUGUUUGGCAUCACAGGCAAGAUCUCCUUCGACCUGAGCCUGGCGCGGGGCCUGGACUAUUACACAGGGGUGAUCUUUGAGGCUGUGCUGCUGCAGCAGGACAACGAGCACGGGGAGGAGCCGGUCGGUGUUGGGAGCGUGGCUGGAGGCGGCCGCUACGACGGGCUGGUGGGGAUGUUUGAUCCCAAGGGCAGGAAGGUGCCCUGUGUGGGGGUCAGCAUUGGCAUUGAGCGGAUCUUCUCCAUCCUGGAACAGAGACUGGAGGCCUCUGAGGAAAAGGUCAGGACAACGGAGACACAGGUGCUGGUGGCCUCUGCCCAAAAGAAGCUCCUUGAAGAGCGACUGAAGCUCAUCUCUGAGCUGUGGGAUGCUGGAAUCAAGGCAGAGAUGCUGUACAAGAAGAACCCCAAGCUGCUGAAUCAGCUGCAGUACUGUGAGGACACAGGCAUCCCUCUUGUGGCCAUUGUGGGUGAGCAGGAGCUCAAAGAUGGAGUCGUCAAGCUGCGGAUCGUGGCAACCAGGGAGGAGGUGAAUGUUCGCAGGGAGAGCCUGGUGGAGGAGAUCAGGAUACGAACGAGUCAGUGUUAACCCCUUCAGGCACAUCCACUCCUUUGCUGGAUUCCAGCUGGCAGAUUUCCUUCCGUAAAUGCCUUCAGCAGGCUGUGCAGCAGUGGGUGGGGUGUCAAGGUGACUUUGAAAGCUGUAUUUAUUCUUGUCUUAUGCCCGUCAUUCCCUGGUGGGAACCAAGAGGCUGCACUGACUCCUGUGCCUGGCUCGGGAAUGUUGCUGGAAAGAUGUUGUGGAAGUGGCUCUGGCAGAUGCCAGCCACAUGUCUGCCACAGUGACCCAUCGAGCCCCGUAUUGGCAGCAGAUCCCGGGGGUUUGGCUGCAGCUCUUUCUUUCCAUCUCUUUGAAUAACCAUCCCACUCCACCUAUCUGCUCUGGCUGCAGGGGGUGACCUUAUCCCCAGCAAAAUGUAAUGGCGCUGCUCCCAGAACCAUAAUAAAUCUGUCUGUCCCCUGCUGUGACUCCCAUCUCUGCUUGCUGCUCCGGGCAGGGAUUUGCUCACCUGCCUCGUUAAGCCAGAGCUGUUCUUUAAAGAUCAUUGUGGAUGUUUCUGCAGCUGUGAUGUUUCCUCCUCCCUCUGGGUACCCCUGGUGCUGCCAACCCCUGUGCCAGUUGCAGAGCCAAGCCCCCACAGCUGGGUGGAGUUCCAUGAGUGGCCUCCCAGUCACCGGUGUGACAGCCCCCCCAGUCUCCUGUGGGUGGCUUGGGAUUCCCCCAGCCCUCUUUGCUGCUGAGCCACACAUUUUGCUGGAUGUCCACAAACCAGGUCAGUUUUUAAACAUGUGGCUCCCUAAACAAGGGUUAUACAUGAAUAAAGAAACUAUACAUCUUCUCUGUGCAGAACAAGGUAAGGGAUGGAAAACUAAGGCAAGGAAGGAGUAUGCAAGGCCUUCCUUGUCAUACCGUGCCAACCCCUCCCUUGUCCCGUGAGCCGAUGGGUUCUGUGAGGGGCCUUGGUGUGGCGCUACAUCUCCCGCCUCCACACGCGUCCGCGCCGCCGCACUGGCACCAGCUCUAGCUGUGCACCUUAUCUAUAGCCUCUUGCCGGCACAGCGCCGCUCCGGCCCAACCAAUCCCGGCCCGUCUUUUCCCGCCCCGCUCAUUUCCCCGGGCCCCGCUCUGCCUUCAGGC